CCAUCUCGUCUGUGGUUAACUCUCACCAAGUCACCGCCUCUUAUCGUCGUCUCCAACUUUACUACUGGCGUGCAAAGUGCAAACCAUCAACGACGACAACACCUCCAGCAGCACCGGCGACGACCUUCCACCGCAGCUCGAUUCCUCCGGCGAAGGAUUUUAGCGCAGAGAACCUGAAGAAGUGCUGAUCUUCCAUCCAUCUUGCCUGUUGAAGAAACAAAAAGGAUGUCUUCUGUGGGAACAUCAAAGGGAUUGUUAGAAGUUGCUAAAUUCGCAGUAUACGUCUCCGUACCUAUUGGUCUCAUGUACUUCUUCGCGAACAAUACAAAAAAUCUUCAGAAACUUAUGGGCACGCGUCAAUAUGUUGUGUAUCCGCCAGAAGGACCCCGGCCUCCAACCCAGGAGGAAAUUAGAGAGAUGGGACGAGAGCUGGCUCGCAAGAGAGAGAGGGAGAGAAACAACAGAGACUGAUGGAAUUGUUCCAAGUGUGUGACCAACCAGUGAUUUUAUUAUUAUAUUUUACAUAAUAAAUGCAACAGGAAGGAAAGAGUUUGUGCAAAAUCUGGUCUACAUGCAUUCAUGAUCACAACUAAUAGCAGUGAUUUUGUAAAAGCUAUAUUUGUGCAACAGCCCAAGUUUACUUUUGUGUGUUCUUGAGGUUCAUAUUUAUGUCAAAGAAGAAUGGCAUGUUAUUUGAUAAUGUCUCAUGUACCACCACAAUUGUCACAAUAGUCAGAACACAAAAUGUUGUUUAUGUUUGUGUUACGAGUUUACACAUCAAAUUCACAUAGAUCCUAAUAUACAAUAUACUUGGCUUGUGUUU